CAGCGGAUCCCCUGGAGCCCCAGGAGACCCUGGCCGUCCAGGAGCCCCAGGACAGAAGGGAAACAAAGGAGAAAAUGGCAGCCCAGGACUUCCAGGUUUUCUAGGUCCCCGUGGGCCUCCGGGAGAAGCAGGAGAGAUAGGAGCUCCAGGCAAGGAGGGUGCUCCUGGGAAGCCUGGAGAGCCGGGAUCCAAAGGAGAGAGGGGAGACCCUGGAACCAAAGGUGACAAAGGAUUACCAGGCGGGAAGGGCCAGCCUGGAGACCCUGGAAUCCCAGGCCACAAGGGUCAUACUGGCCUGAUGGGUCCCCAAGGACAACCAGGGGAAAGUGGCCCUCCUGGGCCUCCAGGGCCACCUGGCCAGCCAGGAUUUCCAGGACUUCGGGGCGAGUCUCCAUCCAUUGACACCCUGCGGCGCCUCAUUCAGGAAGAGCUUGGGAAGCAGCUAGAAGCCAAACUUGCCUACCUCGUGGCCCAGAUGCCUCCCGCACACAUGAAGUCCUCUCAAGGCAGACCUGGGCCCCCAGGACCCCCUGGAAAAGAUGGGCUCCCGGGCAGGACAGGCCCCAUAGGUGAGCCAGGCCGGCCUGGCCAAGGGGGUCUGGAAGGACCCUCUGGACCAAUGGGCCCCAAAGGUGAAAGAGGAGUCAAAGGUGACCCUGGCACACCUGGAGUUGGCCUCCGAGGAGAGAUGGGUCCCCCUGGAAUACCAGGUCAACCUGGGGAACCCGGCUAUGCUAAAGAUGGACUCCCAGGAAGCCCUGGCCCUCAAGGAGAGACAGGACCAGCUGGACAUCCUGGUCCCCCAGGCCCUCCCGGCCCUCCUGGCCAGUGUGACCCCUCCCAGUGUGCUUACUUCGCCAGCCUUGCUGCCCGGCCAAGUAAUGUGAAGGGCCCAUAGAAGAUUCUAGAACAUCAAAACACUACUAUGGAUUUCUGAAACUUGAACUCGGAGCUCAGUGGGAAGCCAGAAGCCUUGAAACAUUUCAGAUCCUUUUUUUUCUCUCCUCCCCUUUUCUCCCACCUUUUCAUCCUGUUUCCCUCCCUCAUACUCUUGCCUGCCUACCCUCAGUUCUCUCUUCCCUUCCUCAGAGACCUCACAGUUAUUAAAACCAACAGAUGCUGUCAGUCAGAUUAUUA